AUGCACAUCGGCAAUCUUCUCGGAAUCGGAGCGGCCUGCGCGCACGUAGCUUCCGCUGCAUACGCCGUCAAAAAGCCGCCGCUCGACACACCUUGGACAUCCCAGGUCGGCACCAAUCCCUGGCCGCAGUAUCCUCGUCCGAAGCUCCAGCGUUCGCAAUGGCAGAACCUAAACGGCGUCUGGAGCUACCGCGCCGCGACUGGCCUUCAAGAGUUACAAGCUCCGCCCUUCAACCAGACCUUUUCCACUGACGUACUCGUCCCGUCAUGCUUGGAGAGUGGUCUCAGCGGCGUGCAGGCGGACUCUGCGAUAUACUCCUGGUUGAAGACGUCUUUCUCUGUUCCGGCAAAUUGGACAACAGAGGAGCGAGUCUUGUUGAACUUCGGUGCUGUCGACUACGAAGCGACCGUAUUCGUGAAUGGCCGCAAUGCGACUUUCAAUCGUGGAGGCUAUAGUGCUUUCUCGGUGGACGUGACCUCGUUUCUCACGGCGGGAACGAAUGAAUUACUUGUCUUCGUUCAUGAUCCGACCGACAGUGGCGACUACGUGAUUCCGAUCGGCAAGCAGACCUUGAACCCGUCACAUAUCUUCUACACGCCUUGUAGUGGUAUAUGGCAGAGCGUGUGGAUCGAGUCGGCGCCCGUCCAGCACGUCACCGGUUUGGAGAUUGACGGCGACAAAGAUGGCAAUCUGAACAUCCUCGUCAACGCUUCCGCCAAUUCCACCACACCUGUGAUUAUUACAGUGUACGAGAAUGGAACCAUGAAUAUCGUUGCUACGUCUAGUGGGAAUGCCAACGCCGCGAUCAAAUUGACAGUAUCGUCUCCCAAGCUCUGGUCACCGAACACUCCCAACCUGUAUGAUGUCACGAUCAAGCUUGGGAGCGAUGUUGUGAACAGCUAUACCGGAUUCCGAAGCAUCUCUCGAGGAGCGGUCAAUGGUAUUCAGCGCAUCUUACUCAAUGGUGAAGUGGUUCUCCCGUUCGGCACACUGGAUCAAGGGUACUGGCCGGAUGGCAUCUAUACCCCUCCAACCUAUGAGGCCAUGGUAUUCGACCUACGAACGUUGAAGAAAGUCGGCAUGAACAUGGUCCGCAAGCAUGUAAAAGUGGAGACCGAUCUCUUUUACCAGGCCUGCGAUCAACUUGGGCUGCUGGUGAUUCAGGAUAUGCCUUCUCUUCGACCAAGCCAAUCGCGAACAUUGGCCAAUUGCACAACGCAGACGAUCCUACCUGAUGCAAGUCAACAAGUCGAAUUUCAACGUCAGCUCGAAAUCAUGGUCAAGCAGCACCGGAGCUACACCUGCAUCUUCACCUGGGUCAUCUACAACGAAGGUUGGGGCCAAAUCGAGACCCCUCCCUACCCCGAGAUCUCUCUCACCUCCCUCGUCCGCCAACUGGACCCCACCCGCCUCAUCGACGCAACAUCCGGCUGGUUCGAUCACGGCGCCGGCGACUACAGCGACAACCACCACUACGCGAACCCGCAAUGCGGCACCCCCUUCCACUCGCGUCUCUCCAGCCCCUUCGACCCCCGACGCAUCGGCUUCCAGGGCGAAUUCGGCGGCGUAGGCCACAACGUCUCGAUCGAACACCUCUGGGACGUGCCCGCGGCCAUCGCCACCAUCGAGGAGACCUACGAGCUCGACGACACCCUCCCCAUCUGGAACUACCGCUCCCAUGCCCUCCUCGCCGAACUCCUCCAGCAUAUCCAACUCUUCUCCUGCAGCGGCGCCGUCUGGACGCAGACCACCGACGUCGAGGGCGAAGUCAACGGCUUGUUGACGUACGAUCGUCGCAUCUUCAGGCCGGACAUCGCGCAGUGGAAGAGCGAUGUCGAGGCUUUGUAUGCGGCUGUCGCCGCGAGGAGUAAUUCUUCUUCUUCCGCUCCUGCGGCGGUCCCGGCUUACUCGGCUCUGGAGACUCCCUGGCCGACGCAGUAUUGGGCGACGUAUAUGUGGACGCCGGCCGCGCAGCCGAAGACGACGAGGCAGGUCGCCUUGUAG